AAUAAAUAAAUAAAUAAAUAAAUAAAAAAUUGAUCAGGUGUUUUUGGAUGUUCUCUUCCUCACGUAUUCUUGGCGCUCAAGAAAAGGGCCCACCUUCCACCCAUAAUUGAACUGUCUAGACGCCAUCUUGACUUCAAUUUGUUACACCCAACAUAAAUUGAAAAAAAUAAAAAAAAUGUCCCGAAAAAAUGGGGGUCCACGUCAGCACUCUAACACCGACUUAUUUUGCUGGUAUAAAAUCAUCCAACUCCUCUUUAAAAGCCGUCAUACAAAUUGUCUUGAAAAGCAAGAAACUACUUUCUUUUUCUAAAUAAAAUAGAUCAAAUUAAAAUUCCAGUUAAUUCUUCUCCCACAUUUUGGCGUAUAUUUUCUUAAUCUGACGGCGGUUAUUGUUUCCGAUCAAGAUGAUGAUGUCACGUGCUGCAACUAGAGCCGCACGAUCAAUGAUGAUGGGCAUGGUGGUCCCACGCUACUUCUCCUCCACCACUACCACCGCAGUUGCCGGACUCCGGUACAACGAAACGACGGCGUUUAAGCUGCUGAAUGGGGUAGGUGGUCAUCACGUGAGUGGAGGUUCAUCUGGUCACGUGCCUGGAAUGGUAGCAGGGUUUACCCGGUUACCGGUGAGGAAUAUGAGUACGGCGACGUUGCAUGAUAAUUCCUCUGAGGAAAAAGAAAAGAAGGUGACCGAUUCGGCCGGUGAAAAUGGUGGGAAUGAUGAGAAGGCGGUUGUUAGUUAUUGGGGUGUUCAACCUAAGAAGAUCAUGAAGGAAGAUGGUACUGAAUGGAAGUGGUCUUGUUUCAUGCCAUGGGAAACGUACAAGGCAGAUCUGUCGAUUGAUUUAGGGAAACAUCAUGUGCCUAAAACAUUAUUGGACAAAUUCGCUUAUUAUACUGUUAAGUCUCUUCGUUUGCCUACUGAUAUCUUCUUUCAGAGGAGGUAUGGAUGUCGUGCAAUGAUGCUGGAAACAGUGGCAGCAGUGCCAGGCAUGGUUGGAGGAAUGCUUCUCCACUGUAAAUCCCUCCGACGAUUUGAGCAAAGUGGUGGGUGGAUCAAGGCUCUCCUAGAAGAGGCUGAGAAUGAGCGUAUGCACCUCAUGACCUUCAUGGAGGUGGUAAAACCUCGGUGGUAUGAACGUGCACUGGUGUUUGCUGUCCAGGGUGUUUUCUUCAAUGCUUACUUCCUCGCCUACAUUGUGUCUCCUAAGCUUGCCCAUCGUAUUGUGGGUUACCUCGAGGAAGAAGCCAUCCACUCAUACACUGAAUUUCUUAAGGAGAUUGACAAUGGAAACAUCGAGAAUGUGCCUGCUCCUGCCAUCGCUAUUGACUACUGGAGGUUGCCUGCUGACUCUACUCUUAGGGAUGUCGUCAUGGUGGUUAGGGCAGAUGAAGCUCACCACCGAGAUGUUAAUCACUUUGCAUCGGACAUUCACUAUCAAGGUCGCGAGCUGAAGGAAGCUCCUGCUCCUGUUGGUUAUCAUUGAGAAGAGAGAUUUAUCUAGCUAUCAACAGCUAAUAAAAAUCAAAAUUCAGGACUCAGAUUUGAAAGACUAUUACUAAUAUGUUCUCUGACGAUUAUACUUAAGCUAGCGAUUGUAUAGCUUGCUAGCUUUCGCUAGCUAUAAGCGUAUUACUAAUGUCAUGUAAAUACCUUGUACUACCUUGGGAGUUUUUUCGUCGACUCUACUCGCAAAAUUUAAUUGAAUGAUAUUAUUACUCUUAUCACAUUAUUAAGUUUCUUACUAUGA